AUGCGGAAUAUAAUUAAAUCUUGCUGCUUGGAUUGGGUUCUCCACGAAUAUUCUCCACCGACAUGGGCCACUAUAAUCGGCGGUGUCUUUGUUGUCGUCUCCCUUAUCCUCUCUGUUUAUCUCCUUUUCGAGCACCUCUCCGCUUACAAACAUCCUGAGGAGCAAAAGUUUUUGAUCGGUGUCAUUUUGAUGGUUCCCUGCUAUGCUGUUGAAUCAUUUAUAUCGCUAUUGAACCCUUCUAUCAGUGUCGAUGUCGAGAUACUUCGUGAUGGCUAUGAAUCUUUUGCAAUGUACUGCUUUGGGAGAUACCUUGUGGCAUGUUUAGGUGGGGAGCAAAGAACCAUAGAAUUCAUGGAGAGGGAAGGACGUGCAGGCUCUAAAGUACCCUUACUUGAACAUGAUCAUGGCCAUGAAAGGGGAAUAGUAAAGCACCAUUUUCCUUUCAAUUAUUUCCUGAAGCCCUGGAAAUUAAAUCAGUGGGUGUACCAAGUUAUCAAGUUUGGGAUUGUCCAGUAUAUGCUUAUAAAGGCAUUUACAGCUAUUCUGGCUGUGAUUCUUGAAGCUUUUGGUGCAUACUGCGAAGGAGAAUUUAGAUGGAACUGUGGGUACCCAUAUAUGGCCGUUAUUUUAAAUUUCAGUCAAUCUUGGGCUUUGUAUUGUUUAGUGCAAUUUUACACCAUCACAAAGGUUGAGCUUGCACACAUUCAGCCACUGGCCAAGUUUCUCACAUUUAAGUCAAUUGUCUUUCUUACAUGGUGGCAAGGUCUUAUUAUUGCCCUUCUCUAUGAUCUUGGCCUUUUGAGGAGCCCCAUAGCUCAAGCUUUGCAGUUCCAGUCUAGUGUCCAAGAUUUCAUAAUAUGCAUCGAGAUGGGCAUCGCUUCUUUCGUUCAUCUUUAUGUAUUCCCUGCAAAACCAUAUGAGUUAAUGGAAGAAAGAUUUCCUGGAAGUGUUUCUGUCCUUGGAGACUAUGUUGGCGAUUUUCCUGUUGAUCCUGAUGAAAUUAGGGACAGUGAACGGCCAACAAAAUUACGUCUUCCUCAUCCUGAAGUUGCUGUGAGGGGUGGAAUGACUCCCAUCAAAGAAAGUGUGAAGGAUAUAUUUGUUGGCGGUGGAGGAUAUAUUGUGAAUGACGUCAAGUUCACUGUUUCACAAGCCGUAGAGCCGAUGGAGAAGGGAUUUUCACAUUUAAAUAGGAAAUUUCAUAAGAUUUCUCAGAACAUAAAGAGGCAUGACAAAGAGAGGAAAUCUAAAGACGACAGCUGUGUUGCCUCUCCAUCUCGCCGAGUAAUUCGUGGAAUAGAUGAUCCACUCCUGAAUGGUAGUAUGAGUGAUAGUGCGAGUACGAGGAAGAAGAAACAUAGACGGAAAUCAGGCUAUACCAGUGCAGAAAGUGGUGGGGAGAGUAGUGACCAUAGUCUUGGUGGCUACCAGAUUCGAGGUAGGCGCAUGAGGGGUGCAACUGAUUCUUGUAUUGGGGCUGUUCACGACAUUGUUUUUGCUAUGGUGAAGCUCCAAUACAAUAUGGAGGUUGGCUACGAUUUUGCUUUUGCCAGAUGA